AGCUGGAGUGUGCGAGGGGUGGGCCGGGCUUGUAGCCUUCGUUCCCUCUUCUUUUUUUCAAUGGGGUUUGCUUUCAAAACGGGCUGCUCUCGCCCAAAUUCUGCUGGGAGAGGGAGCGGAAAGUGAUGGGAACCGAUUAUAUAAAUCCCGUGUGGGCUGGGGAUGUGCGGAGGGCCUCCCCCCUUCCCAAACUCCUGCCGCGUUUUGAAGCUCUUACAGAGGGAGGCUGGAUCCUUCCCUCCCUCUAGCACUCUGCAACCCGGGAAAUGGUGGUUGGAGUUAAAGAGCUGGAGAAGUCUUUUGUCACCGGGUGCUGUGAGAGGUAAAAGGGGUGGAGAGCGGUGAAAAGAGUGCGACGGCUGCUGGUGGAGGUGACACCGGAGUGCCCCUGGCACGUUCAAAUUCCCUUUUUCCGUCGGUGGAGAACUGGAGGAGAUGGGAACCGGCUGGGGUUUGCGGCGCUUAGGGAGGAAUAGGAUGGGAACAACAAGUAUUUGUUUUGUGGUGAAGACUUAUAAUAUGCCGUCCGUAAGACGCGCCAAAAAGCAGGCGAGAGAGAGUGUAAGAAAGGCGAGAGAAAAGGGGAAGAGACAAGCGUCAACUUGCGUGUAUGAACGGCAGUUUGAGCAGGGGUAAUACGGAAGAGAGGAGGGUUGAAGGACAAGGGCGGGCAUUUCAACCCGCGGUGAGCACUCGAUUGCGCUAAAGGGAGACGCCUCUGCGCUUGAGCUCUAAAAGAAGAGAGUGAAAAGCGCCGUCACAGAGCUUUUAUAGCUCCUCGUCAUUCCCCGAUUGUGCUCACCACGCCUCCUCUGCCAUUAUUGGUGGAACUUCCCUUAGGAAGCCGCUUUGGCCCCGCCCUGUUGCUCAAUGAUUAGUAUCCCCUGAAUUCUGUACCGAUCUUCGCUUCGUAGUGACGCUGACAGGACCGAAGGGGCGGAGGGGUGGGGAAGCGGCAGGGCGGAGGUUUCUUCUAAUAGUUCGAACUGCCCCGGCUGCUCCUCUGCGAUUGAUUGGCUUGCUAGUUGAAGGAAGAGUUGAAGGCGUGCGGUGACUAAUGGGUUGAUGUGGAAGAUGAAGGUGGUCGUCGGCCCGCCCUCGGGACCUGAUUGGAACAUUGACAUUCAAGGAGGUGGAGAGAUCUUAAAAGAACUCGAUGAUUAUUAUGAAAAAUUCAAACGGGAAACAGAUGCAGUACAAAAGAGAAGAUUAUUGCAUUGUAUACAGAGAGCACUGAUUCGGAGUCAAGAACUGGGAGAUGAAAAGAUCCAAAUUGUCAGUCAAAUGGUAGAACUCGUCGAGAACAGAACUAGACAAGUUGAUAGUCAUGUAGAAUUAUUUGAAACCUGCCAAGAGACUAAUGAUAUUACUGGAAAUAACGGUAAGACUAACCAAGACAAAUCAAAGAAUGAAACAUUGACUCAGGCAGAAAAGCCCAACAAUAAGCGAUCCAGAAGGCAAAGAAAUAAUGAAAAUCGUGAGAAUGCUUCUAAUAAUCACGAUCAUGAUGACAUCACUUCAGGAACACCAAAGGAGAAGAAAGCAAAAACUUCCAAGAAAAAGAAGAGAUCUAAGACCAAAGCAGAGAGGGAAGCUUCCCCUGCAGACCUGCCCAUUGAUCCCAAUGAGCCAACCUACUGUUUGUGUAAUCAGGUCUCCUAUGGAGAAAUGAUAGGCUGUGACAAUGAUGAAUGCCCAAUUGAAUGGUUUCACUUCUCAUGUGUGGGACUCAAUCAUAAACCCAAGGGCAAGUGGUACUGUCCCAAAUGUAGAGGAGAAAAUGAGAAAACGAUGGACAAAGCCCUAGAGAAAUCUAAAAAAGAAAGAGCUUACAAUAGGUAGUCUCUAGUUUAAAAGCAAAUAAAGCCCUGAGAACUGAUAUUUAUUUCCUGCCUCACCUUUUUGUUGAGAUUACAGGAUUGUAAAAUGUAUAUUUUUAAAGGUGGUUAUACAUCAAACCAUUCUUGUCAUAGGAAUGGCAAUAGGAAAAAUGUUUGGGUUUUUUCCUUUGAUACAGUUGUUAGCAAAAAAAUGAACUGUUGGUUCAUCUUAUAAGAAACAUAUUUUCACAAAUUGGUAAGACUUCACCUGUGAAAAUGUAGAUGGAAACUUGAAUAACAUUUUUCAUUCUUCCUUGUAGAAGAAUGUGGUCUUGUCUUUCCAGAAAAGUAUUCUGUAGUUUGAAUAAAGCAGCAUUAUCUUGCAAGUUUAACUAAAAUACAACCAAAUGUAGAGCGUAGGUACUUAAACCAUCUUAUUUUAGUUAGGUUUAAGCACACUUAACUCUGAAUUGGUUUUAUGGCUUGGAAGUAUGUGUUCUUUGUGUCAGUUAAAAAUAAUUCCAAAACUAUGAGCUAUCACCAUACAUCCUAUUAAAACAUCUUACUGGGAAUUAAAGACCAUUGCUUUCAGCGGGUUUUGGUUUCUAAGAGAGAUGAAGGUGAACUUUUCUGUUGGUGAUUGAUGCAAUAGCAAAGGAAAAGAAGUUACAGCAUGGCUCCUAUUAAAUGUGUCACUCUUAAUAGCUCUCUAUGACAACAUGUUACAAGCUUAUUUUUUAAAAAUGCAGAAGGUUAAAUUUUACACAACAUAUUUUAUAUACUGGCCAACUACCACAAAGGCCUUUUAAAAAUGAUUUAGUAUAUUUUGUAUUUAACCAGAAUAUGGUUUAGUAGUGAAACUUAACAUAAAUCAAGGCUUUAUACUGUCACAGAAUAAUAGUGUAGCAGUCUUUACUUUGUAUAAGUUGUACAAAUGUACAUUUUCAAGUGGAAUUGCACUUAACUGUAUUAUAAUUGGAAAUGCAUCUACAUACCAUGGUGUAGUCAAUAUGCAUUUCCUUCUGUAUGUAUGAAAGUUGUACAGUUGUGAUAUUAAGGAAUAAAUUAAACAAAUUGGAUAAUCCAGUUCA